AUGCUGGAGCAAGAGAACGGUGGCCUAUACGGUUUCUCCGACGAUGAGCGCAACAGACAAAACUAUGUUCCUGUCAUAGUCAAUGAGCCAGCUAUUGAGACAACUGUCCCUUCUGACCCCUUUCACGCUACAGGCUCCAUUUUAACUGCGCCGGACUCCUUAGAGCAUUUCCAGCAAAGGACCCAAGGGGAGGGUUGGGGGGGAGGGGCAAACCCAAAAUGGGGUUUCCAGCAACAAAGAUCUUUCAGGGCAAGGAGUGGGGCUCAGCUACCUGGGCUGGCCCGAGCGCCAGCCCGGGGGCAAUCUGACAUCAGCGCGCUAUAG